UGGUUUCCGGGAACGGGUCAGAGUGAGACCUAUUUUUUCACGCACUCUAUCUUUGAUGUCCACGUCCCCUUGGUGUCCGAGUUCUACCGGCUGCGAUGUGUUACGCGCCCCUGCUUUAGAAAAAACAGAGAAGGAAAACUUCAUAGAAAUGGCGGAGAGUGCUACGACUCUCAAAGGCUUGCGAGCCCAAAUGGCUGCAGCUGCACAGGCACAAGCCGAGGAGCGGCGCAGCCUGGCAGGAAACAGCCCAGGACCUGCAACCAUCGCACCAGCUAAACCUCAGGGGGGGAGUAGGCCAGUCAUUGACGGUGCCGCACUUAGAAUAGACGACCGGCUGCGAGUGGCAAAAGAGAGACGAGAGGAGGCAGAGAGACAACAGGUUUUGCGAGACUCUCAGAUCAUGGAGCGGGAGCGCAAGGCCAAGAUGCAAGUGGAGCGUCAGAUGGAGGAGCGUCAGAAAAAGGUUGAUGAACAGCGAAGAAAGGAGGAGCUGAAACGGUUGGCUGUGGAGGAGAAGAGGAAGCAAAAACAGGAAGAGGAAAAGGAGCAUUACGAGGCAGUGAUGCGGCGGACAUUGGAGCGCAGUCAGCGAGUGGAGCAGAGGCAGAAAAGAUGGUCCUGGGGAGGACUGGCCACAGACACAGAUGGACGAACAGGAGACUCUGAUGCCGGCACCUCAUCUCCAGUAACUAUAGUUAUCUCCCCUGCCUCGCCAGAAAAGCCACCAAGGAGUCAACAAGUGGACAAGCGUUCCACAUCCACCAUGAAUCUGAAACAGCUGUCCGAGGCUGGCAUCAGCAAACGCCUAUCCUCCUCCUCUGCCACCCUUAUCAAAUCUCCUGACAGAAGUUUUAAGCCGAGGAGUUCGUCUUGUAACCGGUUGCCUAACAAUGGCAAUGCUGCACAGGCCAGUAAGGAAGAUGGCAAAAAGUUUCAGGUGGAACAGACAGGCCGUUCCGUCGUGAAGAGAAGUUCCUCCCUCUCACGAGUAAGUGCGGGCAGAGCACAGACCCCCACCAAACUCGAUAAGGGGACAACGGAUGAUCAAGCUCGCAGGCCACCGGCCGCCACUGUGGACGGAGGGGUCCUUAGUCGCCUGCUCACCCCCACCCAGGCCUCACUAGCUAGGAGCAGGAGCGCUGCCACCCUUUCAGCUGAAGGAACAGAUGUUUCAGAGUGUCACCUGUGUCCUCGCUCAGCCUCUGCCAGUCCCCUGCAUCCACCGAGGGGACCUGUGCGCAGCCGCAGCAUUGACCGGCAGAAGAGCAGCAUGACCACCUCUGUGUCGGCCGACGGAGCCCUUGACCCUUCACUGAAGGACAAGCAGUUUACAUCGCCUGGAGGGCAACGUCCCGUCUCCCCGUCUACUACCAAGGGACGCAACCGUUCACCAUCCCCAGCCCCCAAUCCAGCCCCAAAGAGGACCCCCUCCCCAACAGCAUCCAAGCAAAAUCCUAAGACACGCCCACCCUCACCGAGUGCAAUGAAACAGCGCCCCCCGUCUCCCCAGCCUAUGUCAGCCAAACCUCCACCUAUCCAGAAACCAGCUCUCACGCCAACAGGGACUUCCACCUUGCGAAAGAGGGACUCCAAGUCCAAGGAACUGUGUCCGAUCCAGGCUGUGUCUCAACAGUCCCCUGAUUCCAGCAAGACCAAAGAGAAAGAUGACUCUAAAGCCUCAACGGGCACCAACUCGGCCGCUGAGGCAGCCAAGAUCCUGGCGGAGAACCGCAGACUGAUGCGAGAGCAGAAAGAGAGAGAGGAGCUGCUCAGGAUACAGAGGGAGGAAGAGGAGAAGCUGAGAAAGGAAGAAGAGAUGCGUUUAGCGGAGGAGGCACGACUGAAACGCCUAGAGGAGGAGAAGAAACUUGCAGAGGAAAGGAAAAUUAAAGACGAGGAAGAUGCUCGCCUAGCAGAAGAGGAGCGGGUGAGAAUGGCAGAAGAGGAGGCUCUGAAACAGGCCGAGCUCCAGAAGGAACGGGAGGAGGCUGAGGCCAAGGCCCUGGAGGAGGCAGAGAGAGUCCGUCUGGAGAGAGAGCGCAUCAUGCAGCAGAACCAGCAAGAACGUAUGGAGAGGAAGAAGAGAAUUGAAGAGAUAAUGAAGAGAACAAGAAAAAGGGAGCAAAACGACUUGAAGAGAGAUGGUGAUAAAACGGACGAGGGAGACGAGGGAGACGAGGCAGACGAUGCAGAGGACUAUGAAACCCAGAGCCAGACAGAUGACAUUGGCAUGGACGAUGACAAAGAUGAGAAUAGUCUGUCCUUUGGUGAGCCAGUGGCACAACGGGAGGAGCCCCUGGGCAGCGUGAACGGAAAAGCAGAGACGGACGACAAGGAGAAUAACAACGGCAUAAGCACAGAUGAGACUCAGGCAGUAAGUCCAGUCCCUAAGGGCCGCCUUGUUGAGGGCUCAGAGUUCCUGAAUGAGCAGGACUCCGCCAAGGUGGGCUUGGUCUCAGGUCUCAACGGUAAAUCCAACCAGUGGAGCUUUGAAGAACUCAUUGACCUCAACGUUCACUCCAAGACUCGGCCCCUCAUCGAGGCAGAGGACUGUAACCAGGUCUUGAUCAACUGUGACGGAAGCUCAGAUGGGACCAGGGUAGCCUUUGAGGACAAGGGAACCCCCGUCAACACCCUGCAUUCCCCUAAUCAGCCCAUAGAAGCUCUGUCAGAGAUUUGAUGCUGCAGCCGUCGCCGAGAAGCCUCUUACUGUUGCACUUGUAAAGUUCCUGUCCAGCUGAGCUCCUUUAAGAAAGUCCUCUACCAGUUCCAAACAUCUUCCUCCUCUUUCUCCUUAUCCUCUUCCAGAGGGAGGAGCACAAGGUGAAGUGGAAAGACCACCCCGAGUGCUACAUUUGCACCCCACAUUAUGAGGAAAAAAUAUAUUAAAACAAAUAUAUAAAGAUAUUAAAAAUAUGCUUCAGGGAAAGUCCAUAUAUUCCUUCAACGUGCUCGCUUCAGGUCUCUUUCCUCUUUUUCUUGUGUUUAGUUCCCCAGAUGUGUUUUUGUCUAUGUUGUGUCCAAAUUUGAUGAUGUUUUUUAAGAGUUGUGUUUUUGUCAGGGGUGCAUUUGUUGUAAUUUAUUAAUUUUUUUGUUUUUGUUAUUGUAAUUAUUGUUAUAUGUUUAGCCUUUUGUUUUCUCUUUUAAGAGAAUAUUCCAGAACACAUUAAGCUGUGUGAAUUGAAUAUUCUGAGUUAAAGGAAGGAGCGUUAAUCCAUUCAGUUCUGCCGGGCUUUGGUGUGGCUAGCCCUCCAGGUUUCGCAUGUGAUUCAUCCAAAUUGACUUGACCGGCUGCUGUUUGCAGCAUCCAGCAAUAUGGCCUUACCAUUUUUUCCCCAACCUCUAAUUUUUAAAUAUGAAUAUUAUAAAUGGCUUGUGCUGAAGUUAACCCAUGCACAGUUUAGUCCGUCAUGUGCUUACACAUGGGACUGGAUCCCGUAUUCAUACUUUACUUCACUUCAUAGAGCUCUGUCCUCUCAACCCUUAUUGUCUCCCAGCUUCUCUAACUGGACGUUUCCAUCUGUGGCCUGUAGAGGGCAUCAGGAGCACAACUCCAACUGUUACAUUUAAAGCUGAACAGUGUUGAGAUUAAUUCACAACACCGUAGUGAAUUGACAUGUUCAGUGAUGUUUUUUUUCUGCAGUCUGUUCAUUUAGGGCUCACUUAGGUUUUUUUUUUAUUUUGCAUAUGUACAGUAUAUAGAAUUUAUGUUUACUAACAACAUCAUUGUAAUUUACGCCAGAAACUGAGUUGCAUUUAAUUUUAGUCUACUCUCCACAUCUGCACCACACAACUGUUGAAUAACCCUAACUGCACCACACCAUCUAAUGGUGAAGUCCAUUAGUUUAAUUCAAAGCUGCCUCUGAGCUUCUUAAGCUGGUAUGUGUUUGUUACUGAAUUGGCCCUUGAAUGUUCGGCUGAAACAAAAAAUCCGGUUUCUACUUUUCUGGUUUUACAUCGAGUUUUACCAACACAUCCGCACAAACUUCCAACCCCCCGUCUGUCUGUGCAGCCCCUAAAUCAGUUACAUUUAUUAACCGUCUUUCAAGAAUUCCCAACACACUAGCUGCUACAUCUGACAAAAUGCGUUUCAAUUAUUUUGUAUAAUAUAAAAUUUGGCUGUUUCUUUAUAUAUGAAAAUACAUUUUUACAAAUAUUUAAGUGUUAUUGUGUUGUGUAUAUAAGCAGUAUUAGGCAUUGAAGCCAUGUUUAGGAGUGGUGUCAAGAUGUGGAUAAUUGAAGUCUCUGUCUAUGUGGGUGUGCGUUAGGUCGUGGCCUGUGACAUUGUAGUCGGGUUACAUUUGGGGGCAGCCUGGAAAAAUUUACAUACAGCCCUCUUUCCACAUGAUGUCUGCAA